AUGGCUUUGGGUAUGGACUCAUGGUUUGUCCUCAAGUGUCAGAACGUCCACAAGCGUUUCGGCUUGUGCCAGAACACGCAGGUGAUGCUACAGGCUCUGGAAGACACCAAGACAACCGCCAUUGACAUGGCUGAGGUUGGCCGGAUGCUUCGUCUCAGCCCCCAGAGACGCCAGGCCAUGAUCAAUACGAUCCGAAAGUGCACAGAGAGAAUGACAAAGCAGGAGAGACAUAAAGAAGACGAGACCAGAGAAUGCGCCUUGAUCAUCCACAUGUGCACCGAGGUCUUGGAGAUUGCCAACCGCCCUUCUCCUACCGUCUUCCCCUUUCUGAAGUUGCCUCGGGAGAUUCGAGCACGGGUGCUCCGCAUGAUCGUCUGCCCCAACCCAAAGGCCUGCAGAAUGCCAGCACUCAAGCGUAUCCAGGAUAAAUACCGCUGCAACUGUGCCAACCCCGAGGUAAAGUCGUUGGGACUCAUGGCCAAACAGCAGUUCUAUAUUUACAGAACCCUAGGCGCGGCCCUGCGCGACGAAUUCUUCCAGGUGUAUUAUGACGAGCAGACCCAGUACUUCUCGUGUUGCUGCGAGCUCCUUGGCCAGCUGAAGGCCAACAGCAACCUGUUCAACCACUUGCGCAAAGCUGAGAUCCAUUGGUGCGGUCCUCAGUCCGACAUGGCCUUCAUCAAGCUGGCCGAGUGUCCCAACCUCAAGGAGGUGACGAUUAAGAUCUCCAAGGCCACGACUGCCACCUUCAAUAAGCGCGAGGAGAUGAUGAGCGAUCACUUUCUCUUGAACUACAAGACCAAGCGCAUCACGGACAGCCUUGGUGCCGAUGAGCUUUUUGCCAUCCGAGGCAUUCUGGAUGUUGACGUUCAACAUAUUCAGGCCGCGCAGAAGCUCCAGCUGACAGAGUUUGACCGCCAGGGUCUUUUGUCGGCUCUGCGAGCGACUAUCAAGCAGCCAAAGCCGACAACCACCCGCGCCCCCCGUGGUAACUGGGGAAUGUAUCUUCGCUGA